AUGACUACAGUUUUCGAUGUAACGUAUGCGGAACAGAGUAUAGUUGCCAACACCAAGGGGAAGGAGAUUGAAAUAGCAAAAAGAUUUUCAUCUAGAAGAACCAAAACAGCUUGCAUGAUAAAUGGUGCAAUUGCUCCUCACUACAAGGCAUCACUAAUUGACAUCAUGAAAAAUGGGCCAUUUUCUGUCUCCACUGAUGGGUCGAGUGACACAGGGGUCGAAAAAAUGAAUCCAAUGACUGUUGGGAUCUUUGAUGUCAACCGCGGAUGUGUCACAACGCAGUUUUUGGAUAUGUGCAUGUCAUCUCGAUCCACUGCUGAAGCACUGUUUAAUACAAUGGAUGAGGUACUAAAAACACAUUCACUCACCAAACGGAAAGCAUCUCUACAGGAAUAUUGCGAGUUUUGUGAUACCAGCUAUCGAACUGUAAUAAAACAUGUGAACACUAGAUGGCUUAGUUUGGAGAGAGCAGUCAGUCGUACACUCCAACAAUAUGCAGCACUUAGGAGCUACUUUCAGUCAGAACAUGAUAGUAACCCUCGUUUUCAACGACUCAAGAAACUGUUUACUGAUCCCAUGACAGAGGUGUAUCUUUAUUUUUACCAGUCAUCACUUCAAAUAUUCAUAAAUUUUAACAAGUUCUUACAAAGGGAGGAUCCCAUUAUUGGACUUAUUACUCAGCAAAUUGAAUCGUUCUUGAAAAAACUUGCAGGGAAAUUUGUAUCAAUACAGGCAAUCCAGGCAUCAAAACCUGACAUAACCAAUCUUGAGUAUGAUAUCGCCCAUCAGCUUUCGGGUAAUAGUAAUUACUGUACAAUGACAAUUUGUUCACUGGCAUGGUCACCAAAACGCACUUAA